AUCUUGAAUUUUCUUCACCAUUUGUUCAAUCUUUUGAAUAUUUAAAUGUAAUUUUUAUAAAAGAAAAUAAUGUCCCUUAGAAAAGUGUUGUCUCUAUCAAAAACUGUCUACGCUCACAUAUCAAAAUUUCAAGCUGCAAAUUUGCCAAGAACGACGAAGUUCGCGGUACCUUCUACACCUGCCUCAGUUAGGUUCUAUUCUGCCGAAAAUUUAGGUAACAAAAAAGAUGUACAAUCUGGAGAGAAAGUAGACAUAUUGGGACGUUUCUUUCCACAAGCUUCCGUAAACAGUAAUGAUGCUCAGGUUAUCAAAAAAGAACAGGAGGAAUUUGACAAAGAGAACAAGGAGAAAACAGAGGAGAAUGAAAAAAGUUGGAGAAGGAUGAAAAUUGGAUUUGGCGUGUUUGGCGGAGCGAUCACUGUGAUGGGCGGAUGUCUCGUGGUGGAGAUGGGUGCCCCGCGGCGCGGGGACGAUGGAGAAAUAAUAGAAGAUGAAUUUACCAACAUGCCAAUAGUACUCCAGUAUCUUAAACGUACUUGGAAAGAACUAACGUUUUAUGAAAAAAUGAUAAAGGAACCGUCGCGCGAAAAGUUGCUUCCUGACCCGCUGCCGCCGCCGUACCAGCCCACGUACACUCUGGUGCUCGAGUUCACUGACGUCCUCGUGCAUCCUGACUGGUCCUAUCAGACUGGUUGGAGAUUUAAAAAGCGACCCGGUCUAGACCAGUUCCUGCAGACCGUCGCGAACUCUAAUUACGAGGUGGUCAUAUUCACUACAGAGAAUGUGUUCAUGAUAUGGCCGGUCAUAGACAAACUAGAUCCAGAGAAUAAAUUAAUCAAUUACAGACUGUUCCGGGACUCCACACACUUCAUUGACGGCGUGCAUGUCAAGAAUUUGGAUGGGCUAAACCGUGAUCUGUCAAAGGUAAUAGUAGUAGAUUGGAACAAGGGUGCAAACAAAUACCACCCACAAAACACGCUCAUACUGAAGAAAUGGAAGGGUGGCGAUGAUGACACUGCACUACUGGAUCUCGCCAAUUUGUUACAAACGAUAGCUAUGUCGGACGUGAUCGACGUUCGCGAGGUGUUGCUGUACUACAGCCAGUUCGACGAUCCCAUCGCGGCCUUCAGGGAGAACCAGCGCAAACUUAUGGAGCAGAUGGAGGAGAAGGAGAAGGAGAGCCACGGCGGAGACCAGCCCCUCACCAGGAACUGGCUCCGAACGUUCACCAGGCGUUAAAUGCUCACACCAAAAGGCUGACCAGCUGCGGCUGAAUCGCUAAACAAGUCUUCACAAGUCUAAUUAGAUGUUCUAAAUAACAGUGAUGUAACGGUCCUGUUCCUUUUUGUUUUAUUCAAUAGCUGCCUUUACACAUAUGCUCUUUCGUGAAUCGGCGUUCACGCAGGAAAAAUAAGGAAGUAAAUGUAGACAAAAAGAACGAGAAUGACGAAUUUAAAUAGUUUGCCAUUUUUCAAUAUUAAUUAAUUAUUAUAAAAAUAUAUAAUAAUUAAUUAAUAUUGAAAAAUAGCGGACAUCUGACUAUUAAGCAAAGACAUAAUUAUAGUGUUACUGAUAAUUCUAAAUCUUGAAUCUUUAGAAAAUAAAAUGUGUGAAAUUAAAAAUGAAAUUUUAAAAUAAAGUGAAUAACUUCAAACAUACGUGUAAUCACACGCGAUAGAGUGAAAUCUAAAUAGAAAUAAUUUUUAUUUAAAUAAACUUAAUAUAAAAUGUGACUAUUCAAAAGUGCUUUAAGCACUUUUUUUAUUCUACCACUCAUUCGGAACGCAGAUUCAUCACAAGAAGAAUGAGCAAGAAACUUGUGUGUUGCUCUUUUAAAUAAAUGUUGUUUUAAAUAGAUUUACGAUACCAUAGAAACCGCUACGCACUCAUAAAAUAGUAAAUAGCAAUCACACGAUUGCGCGCGCUGUUUAAACACCGUGUAAAGGCAGCUAUGAUGUAUUGGUUUGUUUGUGAAGAAUUCAAAAUCCACACUUUUCCUACAAUUUUGUAGGAUUCAACUGGAAAUACAAAAUAGAAUAUACUAUUAAUUAGAACGUAGAUUUGAUAUCAUCAAUCGCUUACUAUACGGAUAUAUGUAGAGUGGACAUUGAAUUUUGACAACUCUAUGAUAUUUUUAUCGGAAAGUUCUCAUAACGCCUAUGGAAUAUUUUCAUGCCAGGAAUUGCAAUAAAUUAUUGCAGUAUUUUUUAAACUGUUACACGAUACCUAGGGAAGGAAACUCCCCUCUUAAGGGAGGGGUUGUCAGGAGUGAGAAUAGAGGGGUCGUAGGUAAAUUAAAGACGAUAAGAGAAGUUAAUUUUUGGUUCUUUAACACGAUACUUCUUUCGUCAUUGACAUAGGACCUCACAUGUCUUCUGUCCUAAGACCUUAGUAUGUUCAAAACUUGUUUUAGAUUCAUUAGUGGUUUUAUUUUAAAUUAUAAUAUACGUGGAUGUAUUACGAAUGAAAUGAUGAGUAUGUGAUGUCUACUAUACACAUUUAUUUACCGAAUAUGAAUUUGAUAGUAUAAAUGAUUCUGUUCAUUAAUGUGAUCGGUUCCGCGUUUCAGCGCCUUUAAAGUUUCUGAACAUAUACUAACACUGUUUGUAUGCAAUUGUCCGGUUUAUUUCAUAUUUUUGAAAUUCUUUAUGAUUAAAAAAUUUCAAAUCUUUAAUUGUGAAGAAUUUUGGAGAGUGGUAAGUGAUAUGCAGUCUUAAGUUCUUUAUGAAAUGAGUAUAGUACCAUCAUACUAACUUUCGCAUUUAUGUUUGUAAUAUAACAAUUUAUUUGUUGUUAUGCAACAAAGUUCAUGUACCUACUAGCAAUAGAAUAAAAUUCGUAUCACCAAUGUAGAUUGAAAGUAAAAAACGCUUCGAUUUGAAACAAAUAUUAUUGUAAUAUUUUAAAUUGCAUUAUAAUUCCAAAUUAUAAGUUUUAUGUAUAUAAUUAUUAGUAGUAUAAUUUUGUUCCUAACAUACUUGUACAUAGAUAAUAAAGAAUCUUUUUGACUUGUUCUCAAAUUAUUGUUUAUUAUAGCUUUAAUGUGAGUUUAUAUGUACUUAUCAUUUAGGUGACAUCUCCUAAUGAUUCUGUUGUAAUCUAUUGAAUGUGAUUUUAAACUUGGCUUUUCUGUAUAUUAUUAAAUUUUAGAAAUUUGAGAGUUUGUCAACAAAAAUUGGAAUGUAAAAGUUUAAAAUUAUAUUUGUAGAUUGUUGUUAUGAUGCGGAAUGUGUCAAUGACGGCGUGCAUGUUGUAAUUGAACUCUGUGGGAGUGUAAUUUAGUCAUUUAGAUAGGAAAUAUCUUGGAAAUAAAGUUAAUUGUUAUAAAC